GCUCCUCCCCGCGCGGAAGAUGGCGGCCGGGAGGCGCGGCGGCGGCUCCCCCAGCGGCCGGAGGGACGCCCAGCGGCCGGGAGCCGGCGGGCCGCGGCCGGCCUGAGAGCUCCGCGCGGCGCCGGGGGACCCAGCCCGCCGCAGCCGGGCGCCGGUCCCGCCGGCCCGGCCUCCCCGCGGCAGCUGGAGGGUGUGACUGUGAGCCAGGCAUCGUUGGCUUUUUCUCUGUGUUGGCUUCUGAACAAAGGUGCUGCUGAAAGGGUUGGUGCUGUUUUCACUCAGUCUGCAUCUGAUAUAACACAGCUCUUCUUAGACUGUGCAUACGCUUGUUGAGAACACCAUUCCUGAGGGAAGCAGCUGAUGUGCAUGUUUUCUUCCCAAGAUUGUAAUCAGAGACCCCUUUUGAAUGAGAACUUCACUUGUGGGCAUCGCCUUUAAAGGAUGCACAGAGAUGGUGCCAUCAUGUGAAUGCAAAAUUGCUAAAUGAGAAACAGGACACCUGGGAAGGCUGAGCUGAAAGUGCUUGUGCACAGGAUGACAGACUGAUUUUCUGCUGGAGUCAACACUCAGGAAACCCCCCUCCUCCAAAAGACUUUCUGAGUGAGAGAAGAGGAACAGGAAGAAGCACGCAAAAGAGCGAUGGGAAUUGAGGGCCAUGGUUACUUGAGAUAAAUGGCACAUCCCUGGGAGUUUAGCCUGGUAGCUGUUUGCUUCUGCUUUGUCUCUCUCCGCAGCUGCUGCUGGGUACUGCCACAGUGGCACUGGAGAUUUCAAGAGCGACGUGGCUGCAGGGUGUGAGGAGGGGGUGGGCAGCCCGCCUCACCAUGAUUCAGUUGUGGAAAGUAGUGCGGCAUGUGCGACAGCUAGAGCUCCACAGGUUGAUCCUGCUGCUCAUUGCCUUCAGCCUGAUCUCCAUGUGCAUCCUGGCUUACUACGUCACGAACAGUCCCAAAAUCAAGGAGCCACCACCCCUGCCCUUCAGUGACUGCAGCAACCAGCACCGCAUCUCGAUCCCACCGCAAGCCAGCUGGAGGCUUACCAAAUCUGUGGACACCUCACGCACAGAUCCUGUGGUGCUAGUCUUUGUAGAAAGCAUCUACUCCCAGCUGGGGCAGGAAAUAGUGGCUAUCCUGGAAUCUAGCCGGUUUAAAUACAGGACAGAGAUCGCCCCUGGCAAAGGGGAUAUGCCAACGUUGACAGACAAAGAUAGGGGACGCUAUGCUCUUAUCAUUUAUGAGAAUAUCCUCAAAUAUGUGAAUCUAGAUGCUUGGAACCGAGAGCUGCUGGACAAAUACUGUGUAGAGUACGGAGUGGGGAUUAUAGGCUUUUUCAAAGCCAACGAGAACAGCUUACUCAGUGCACAGCUCAAGGGUUUCCCCCUUUUCCUACAUUCCAACUUGGGGCUGCGGGACUAUCACAUCAACCCCAGUGCUCCUCUGCUCUACGUUACACGGGCUAAUGAGGUGGAGCAAGGUCCCCUGCCUGGUGAUGACUGGACCGUAUUCCAGUCAAACCACAGCACCUACGAACCGGUGCUGUUGGCCAGCACGAAGUCCUCAGAGUCCAUUCCUCACCUGGCCACCCACAAAGCAUUGCAUGCCACGGUGGUGCAGGAUCUGGGUCUGCAUGACGGGAUCCAGCGGGUUCUCUUUGGCAAUAACCUCAAUUUCUGGCUGCACAAACUGAUUUUCGUGGAUGGCAUUGCCUACUUGACUGGCAAGCGCCUGUGUCUCACGCUUGAUCGCUAUAUCCUCGUCGACAUAGAUGAUAUAUUUGUGGGAAAAGAGGGCACUCGCAUGAAAGUGUCUGAUGUAGAGGCUUUACUGAGCACCCAGAAUAAGCUGAGAACUUUAGUCCCAAAUUUCACCUUCAACCUGGGCUUCUCAGGGAAAUUCUACCACACAGGUACAGAUGAGGAAGAUGAAGGCGAUGACAUGCUACUCAAGCAUAGGAAGGAGUUCUGGUGGUUCCCUCAUAUGUGGAGUCACAUGCAGCCUCAUCUUUUCCACAAUGUCACUGUGCUGGCUGAGCAGAUGAAGCUCAACAAACAGUUUGCUGUGGAGCACGGGAUCCCCACAGACUUGGGCUAUGCUGUAGCCCCCCAUCAUUCUGGGGUUUAUCCUGUCCACACACAACUCUAUGAGGCAUGGAAAUCUGUUUGGAGCAUCCAAGUAACAAGCACAGAGGAAUACCCACACCUGCGACCUGCCCGGUACCGACGUGGAUUCAUCCAUAAUGGAAUCAUGGUUCUGCCUCGACAGACCUGUGGCCUUUUUACUCACACUAUCUUCUAUAAUGAAUAUCCUGGCGGCUCAAAGGAGUUGGACAAGAGCAUUCGUGGCGGUGAACUCUUCCUGACAGUGCUCCUGAACCCAAUCAGCAUCUUCAUGACCCACCUGUCUAACUAUGGGAAUGACCGCCUGGGACUGUACACUUUUGAGAGCCUGGUCAAGUUUGUGCAGUGCUGGACCAACCUUCGCCUGCAGACACUGCCCCCAGUUCAGCUUGCAAAGAAGUACUUUGAAAUCUUUCCCCAGGAGAAGAAUCCCUUGUGGCAGAAUCCCUGUGAUGAUAAGAGGCACAAGGAUAUCUGGUCCAAAGAGAAAACAUGUGAUCGUCUCCCCAAGUUCCUCAUUGUGGGACCUCAGAAAACCGGCACAACAGCUGUGCAUUUCUUCUUGACCAUGCAUCCAGCUGUCACCAGUAACUUCCCAAGUCCAUCCACUUUUGAGGAGAUCCAGUUUUUUAAUGGGCCCAACUAUCAUAAAGGAAUUGACUGGUACAUGGAAUUCUUUCCAAUCCCCUCCAAUGCCAGCACAGACUUCAUGUUUGAGAAGAGUGCCAAUUACUUUGACACAGAGGUAGUACCAAAACGUGGUGCAGCCCUGCUUCCUCGAGCCAAAAUCAUUACUGUUCUGAUCAACCCUGCAGACAGAGCCUACUCAUGGUAUCAGCACCAGCGAGCUCACAAUGACCCCGUGGCACUCAAUUACACCUUUUACCAAGUGAUCUCUGCAAAAUCCCAGGCCCCUCAGGAGCUGCGCAACCUGCAAAGCCGAUGCCUGCUUCCUGGCUGGUAUUCAACUCAUCUAGAGCGCUGGCUAACGUACUUCCCCUCUGGGCAGAUUCUCAUUGUGGAUGGUCAGGAGCUGAGACACAACCCUGCCUCUGUAAUGGACAACAUCCAGAAGUUCUUGGGAGUUACACCACUCUUCAACUACACUCAGGCCCUAAGAUUUGAUGAAGCAAAAGGAUUUUGGUGCCAGCUGUUAGAUGGAGGAAAGACCAAAUGCCUGGGAAAGAGUAAAGGAAGAAAAUACCCUGACAUGGAUUCCUCGUCACGGCUGUUCCUAAGAGACUUCUACCGGGAGCACAACAUUGAAUUAUCCAAGCUGAUGAACAGACUUGGACAGCCCCUUCCAACCUGGCUCCGAGAGGAACUGCAGAACUCCAGCUGGAGCUGAGAGGGACUCCCCUGUUCCCAGUGCCACUGGGAUGUGUGGUGCUCCAACAUGUGCUAUGAUGCCAUCUCUCGUCAAGCCAAAACAAGUGGACAAAUGAGCAGUAGCAGAGAAUGUGCAUGUGGAGCCUUUCCCCACCACUGGGAAGGGCUGCUGCUUCUGACACUGCCCUGAGGCAUGGAGUGCAAAUCUCAUUCUGGAGUAUUAAUGGUGUGUCACACUUUGACUCUUACUUGCAGGAAGGAUGUCUGCCCUACUUUGAGCAGGAGCGAGAGCACGGUUAACACUUUAUGUUUAAAUUACUCUUCUCAGUAUAUGAAACAGGCACUAGUUGGAGGGUUUAUGUCUUUCGCCUCUGAGUCCAGAAAAAAAGAUAUGAGAGGUAAGUUAUAGAGCCCACUGAUGAGAAAAGAGGAACAGCUUAAGAAAAGAGGAAUCUAGUCCAGUAAACCUCAGCUUUUAUCCAGCAGUCUGUUAUUUGGCAACAGCAAGGUACAAGAACACCUCUUUCCUCCCCAGGUGCAGUACAGUGGCCAUGACAAUUACUUACAGUGCCACAGUGUGUGUGUGCUGGGGACUGCACCGUCUUGGAGACAGAUGUACAGGCAUAAGAUUGCCGCUCCUUAUCUGCAGCCUUGAUGGUGCAAUACGGUGUCCAAUGACUCUGGUCAACGGGUAGUGGGAGAUAAGGCAAAGCUGCAGACACGGACACCAAAUUAAUUUCUUAUCUUAGGGAAAAGGUUGCCAUACAUGACAACAUGGCAAGUAUUUCUCUAUAGGGGCAUCAGCCAUUUCAGAAGAUGCCCAAGGAAUGGUAAGUCAGUCCCUUUGGCGCACGUUGGAGGCCUGUGUUAGCGGAGCACAGUAGCUGGGGGAGGCAAAGCUCGGUACAGUUAAAUAAGGCUGAAAGCAGACAGUUCAGUUCCCUCUUGUCUGAUUAACUUAUUAAAAAAAAAAAAAAAACAUUUUUUGUCUUCUCAACAGCUCCAGGGUCUUUAACCACGUAUGCUAAUACCUGUUUAAUCCCCCUGCAGUCCAGCAGUGCAAGGAGAAAUAAAAAACCCAACCCAGAGUAAGUACCAUUAAGAUAUACAGGGAGGGCUUAGCAUUUUAAGCAGGAAUGUGGUUUCUUGUAUCCAAAAGGGGCUGUUUGUUUAGAUUACUAUUUCUGCACAUAGUCAAUAAUUUAAGUACACUACGGUGCUGUGCCUCCUCUUGCAGUUGUUGGAUAAUUUUUCUCAGAGGAAAUCCUCCAUCAUGGUUGUACAUGUUUUCUGUUGCUGAGCCAUGGGCUUCUCAAGUUGUAUGGGCUAUUGUCCCUCCCUUGUGGGCACAGAUGGACCUGUAUUGUUGCGGUUCCAGAGAGGGGCAGGAUCCAUGUGAACACAGGUUAUGGAAGCUUCCACAACUGUCAUGAGCUCCUUUUCGCCUAUCGGAGGAGAAAAGUUGCUUCAACCAAGCUUUUCCAUUGAGCCUUAGGUAUUGUGUAUUUCUGAAUGAAUGGUGCAUUUACCGUUGUAUGUAAAUGUAUAUAGUUUGCAAUAUAGUAUUUUAUUUCAUGUGCCCUUGGAAAGGGUUAUUUUGUGCAGCCAAAAAAAAAAGGACAAAGACUAGAAACCCCUCUCUCAGUCCUGUUAGAGAGAAGAGCCCAACUUCCUGCACUGGAUCUUGUAUAGCAUCAUUCACAUUGAAUGAUAAUGAAGAAAUUCCUGGCUCUCAAAACAGAGCACAAGUGUCUGAAUAAAGGCUAGAAGUAGUAGUAAGUGGAUUCAAUAAAUGUACUACUUAUUUUUC